AUGGAAUACGGCCGAGAACUUGCUGUCGGAUCGAGAAGACAUGGCCAAGGCGGGGGAGAUUACAGCACACUGGAGACUACAGGCAGCGGUACGAGAACCGCUACAGUGAAGCUACCGAAAUUGGAGAUCCCACGAUUUAACGGCGACCUCCGGAACUGGAAUGGUUUUUGGGACCAAUUUGAUUCUACGAUAAACAGCAAUCAGUCAAUUGCCAAGGUGGAGAAGUUCAAGUAUCUGCGUAGCUACCUCACUGACAAAGCUGCAACGGCGGUGUGUGGACUGUCGCUGACUGCAGAGAAUUAUGACAUCGCUUUAGACUUGUUGAAAGAUAGGUUCAGCAAGAAAAGUCUGAUCAUCGAUGCGCACAUGUCACGCCUGUUGACUCUGACAAAAGUAAGCGACUCCAGUCAAGUAACGAAGCUCCGUGAGCUGUAUGACGCCGUCAUAAUUGGUGUUCGCUCUCUUGAAGCGCUCGACGUUGCGCAUACGUCUUACGGUGUUCUCCUACUUUCUGCGCUAAGGAAAGCUGUUCCCAGCGAUCUCAACCUUGAAUGCGACCGGAAGCACCUCGAUGGGAAAGAGGAUUUGAUCUCGUAUUUAGAGUUCCUGAGAAUUGAAAUACCCAGUCGAGAGAGAGUUUACGACACGACCACAAAACCCGAAGGACGCAAGGGUAUGACCGAGAAACAAAGGCAGUGGCCACAGAAGCCUCCUCCGACAGGGGCUGCAUUGACUGUUGGUGCAGAGACGACAAGAUGCAUAUUUUGUGAAUCCAACGAACACACUUUGGAGAAUUGUGACGCUCCAAUUUCGAUUCAAGAGAAGAAAGAGAAACUGAAAGCCCAAAUGGCGAUGUUUUCGCUGCGGCCGACAGUAUCAUCGUUCGAGGGAUCGUAG